AUGCCCUACAAGGGGAUCUUUUCUUAUAAAAACGAUAAUAUUAACGUUAUCCAUGUCGACAACAAUGUUCGAAUAAUGAUCGAAAGGAUAACCACUGAUAUAGCGAGGAUUUAUUUUGUCAACAAUCGAGGCCGUCAAAUUCAAAUUCCAGUCAACACUGUUCUUAGGAAUACGACAAAUAAUCAGAAUGAACCAAUUCAUAACAACGCUUUUUAUAUCACCUGGGUUUCUAAUUAUAUAUUGCUUCAGAAUGGCAUUGAGAUUUUUAGACUAGAAAAUCAGAAACAACAGGCGAUAAAGGGAGGGGCAGAUCUUGAAACGGAUUUAAUCGAGCAAUAG